GCUAAAACUAGGAUUUUUCGAAUCCUAUUAUUCGUUGAGGACUACCUUAUGGCUCCCUCUUUCUGAAAAUUAAUCAGACUAACCCCUAAACUCACAAAUAUGAUCCAAAUUGAAAUCGACUUGACAUGUGACGUAAGCUGCUGACUUGGAACUGACCCCUAAACUCUCAUUUAUGAUCUCUCGGGUCCAUUGUAGUUAUUUACUGUUGUUUUUGUUAGUGUGGAUAUAAACACAAUUAUACAUCUCAUUGUACGUAGUUAUUUAUUGUUAGUUGUUGUUAUGGACAAGCUGGGAAUGCUCUUUUGGAUGUUCAUUUUACUUGAUUCUGAGAUCUCUUUUAAUUUUUUGGAAAAUUUUCUAUUGUUUCUGUUUGAUUGUUGCCUUUUCAUCCAAUCAACCUUCUAUAAGGAUGUUAAUUAGGUUUUAAUUAUUUUAAUUUGGGAGGUUUAAUGUGCAAAUUUUUCAAAAAAUGGAGUAGGGGCCUUGUUGUCAGUUCCAAGUCAGCAGCUUACGUCACAUUUCGAGCUGACUUCAUAAUUUGGACACGAGAGAUCAUAUUUAUAUUCAGAUUAUUUAUUCAGCUUUUUAUUUGCCAAACCCAAAUCUAGACACAUUAAUAUAAUAUCUGGAUCUCUUAAUAUGUAUGGCUUGUGCAAUAUCAGCUUGCAGGUGCCAAUGAGGUAAGAAAAUAAAGACGCACUGAAAAUCAUUGUAAAGAAAAUCUGGAAGGAUGUCAGACUGUAAUAUGUCACCCUAUAAAUCAUUUGUACACGGGUUGUUUCUGAGCAUCAAUCAAUGGCCAAGAUUAAGGCUCUAUGGUUUUCUUUUGCUUUCUCCAUUCUCAUGAUCAACAUAAGCUUCUUUGUUUGCAAAGCCAUUGAGGAAAGCAGAAAGGUUCACAUAGUAUAUCUCGGCUCACUUCCAGAUAUCAACUUGUACUCACCAUUGUCUCACCACCGUACUAUAUUAGAAUGUGAAAGAGUUGUCAGGAAUGGUUGGGCUGCAAAUCUGUUGAUAAGAAGUUACAAAAGGAGUUUCAAUGGAUUUGCUGUGAAACAAAAGAUUUCUAACAUGAAGGAAGUGUCUGUCUUUCCAAGCACCAGUUUCCGACUUCAAACAACAAGAUCUUGGGACUUGAUCGGUCUAAAUGGGAAAACCCAUCGAAAUGCCACAGUAGAUGAUAUCAUUAUUGGUGUCCUUGACACAGGAAUCUGGCCUGAAUCGGAUAGCUUCAAAGAUGAAGGAUUUGGACUGGCUCCAAAGAAGUGGAAAGGUGCUUCUGUAGGGGGUGAAAACUUCACUUGCAACAACAAGAUCAUUGGAGCUCGGUUUUACAAACCAGCUGCGUCCGCAAGGGAUGACGUAGGCCAUGGAACCCACACUGCCUCAACUGCACCAGGGAAUGCCGUAAAGGAUGUGAGCUUUUAUGGAUUUGCACAAGGUACUGCAACAGGUGGAGUUCCUUCUGCGAGAAUUGCUGCAUAUAAAGUUUGCAAUGGCAAGCUGUGCAGUUCCGAGGGUAUCCUGGGUGCUUUUGACGAUGCUAUUGCUGAUGGAGUUGACAUCAUCACGGUUUCACUUACUGGCAUACUCGCACUACCUUUUCAUAAGGAUCCGAUAGCAAUAGGUGUUUUUCAUGCAAAUUAGAAAGGGAUACUAACAACUCAGGCUGCGGGAAAUGAUGGUCCUGGUUCUGUAACAAGUGUAGCACCGUGGUUGCUAACAGUUGCAGCAAGUAGCACAGAUCGUCAGAUCAUUGACAAAGUUGUCCUAGGCUUGAUAAUAUUAGCAGACUCUCCACCAUAUGUUAAUGACAGAUCAUUGACAGGAGUAAAUAUUUUGGCUGCAUAUUCACCUGUUGCUUCUGUCACAGAGAAUCCUUGGGAAACGAGGCAUGUAAAAUACAACAUACUAUCUGGAACCUCCAUGUCUAGCCCCCAUGCUGCCGGUGCAGCUGCGUAUGUUAAAAGCUACCACCCUGAUUGGUCUCCGGCAGCCAUCAAAUCAGCUCUUAUGACCACAUCUUGGCCAAUGAAUGCUACUGAUGAUUCUCCAGGUGAAUUUGCAUAUGGAUCUGGAGAUAUCAAUCCUGUCCGAGCAAUAGACCCAGGGCUGGUUAAUGAAGCUGGUAUGGAAGAUUACAUAAAGCAACUCUGCACGGUCUUGGGAGAGGCCGAAAUUAGACUUAUAUCAGGAGAUAAUAGCAGUUGCUCUGCACACUUGGAUAAAGACUUGCCAGUGCAUUGUCACAAUUAUCCUUCACUAGCUGCUGUUGUUUCACCAAAGCAAGCAUUUACUGUUAAAUUCCGCAGAACUGUUAAGAAUGUUGGCCUUGCAAACUCCACUUACAAGGCCAGAAUCUUCGCGAACUCCACUCAGGUGGACAUCAAGGUUGUGCCUGAAGUUCUUUCUUUAAAUUCUUUAGAUGAGAAGAAGUCUUUUGAUGUCACUAUUGUUGGAGAAGGAUUAUCAGAGGGCGCACAACUGCAUGUGUCGGCAUUGCUGAUUUGGUCCGAUGGCUCAAGCGGCGUUAGAAGUCCAAUUCUUGUUCACACCAACCAAUAUCAAUAAUAACUGCAUUAAUAUGCAGAACUUCAUUGUUGGAAAGGGUGAAUUUUCUGAUCGUAUGUACGUUUUCGGAACCCAUUAAACAAUGAAAUAAGG